GAACAGCAGGUUUCACCUUCGCAGACAUGGAGACCGCUCUACUGAGUUAUUUUUAUCUGUUGCUGUCGGUGGUCAUCUGUAAGGGGUUCAAUGUCCAUGGUCCAUCUGAUCCUCUCAAUGUCCAGCUGGGAGGCUCAGUGAUGCUGCCCUGCUUUGUAGACACUCCUCUACCAAUGGAAGAACUGGAAGUGGAGUGGAAAAGAAAUGACUCUGAAACUCUAGUGCACUUGUGGCAGGAUGGAGAGAGUCAGCCAGAGUCUCAAAACCCGCGUUAUCAGGAAAGAGCUCAUUUCUUCACUGAGGAGAUUGUGAAUGGAAACUUCUCUCUCUUCCUUACAAAUGUGACCCGGGAAGAUGUAGGAGUUUAUAAGUGUGUCGUUUACACAAACGUGGACUCUACUGAAACUCUGAUUGAAAUAAAGAACAUUGGGCGCUUGGUUGUGUCUGGAGCCCACGUUAUAUCGGCGUAUGCAGGUGAAGAUAUCACUCUGAAUUGCUCUGUAGACUCACAUAUCCCACCAGAAAAUAUAGAAGAAGUGUCAUGGAAGAAAAUGGAUGAAGAUAUCUUAGUGUUGCUCUAUCAAGAGGGUGAGGUCCUGGUAGAUUCGUCCCAUGAGAGAUACAAAGACAGAGUAGAAUUUGCUGAAGAAAUAAACAAAGGAAACUUCUCAUUGAGACUGAAGGAUGUCCGAACUGAGGACAAAGGGCGGUAUAUGUGUUUAGCAUUCUCUGGGGAAUUGUCAGAUAACACAACAGUGGAAGUGCAGCCGCUGGGUUUUUCCUCUAUGCAUAUUGGAAUUUUUCUUUUAUGUAUACUUGGAUUUGUAAUUGGAUCACUUAUCCUAGGCUACCAAUCUUAUGCAUAUUUUAAAAACAAUGAUGACAGCAGAAGAGCCCUUGCUAUAGAGUGUGCACAUGUCCUUUGUCCUAAUAUUACUAUGUUCAUAGUCUUCAUCCUUUGGGGUGUUACUGAGGGGUCCUUUACUGAAGCAGCAACUUGUGCAGCACUUAAUUUUGCUAGGAUCUUUUUCCUGCUUUGGAUUGCUUUCCAUCUGAAAACAUUUCAAGGUUGUCUUCGCCGAUUUACUAAAAGGUUGGCAAUUCUUCUACAAUAUACUGUGAUCACUACUGUUGUGUAUUCACCUGUUCUUGUGGAUGUCUGGUUUAAAGUAAACACUUUAUGGAAAGUAGUGACUCUGAAUCUUCUGCUACUGGGGCUGCUUUUGAUUGUUAUUUUUAUAGGACGCCGUUUACGCUUUUGGCAAACACAAUGUGCCAGUUACAUACUUACAGACUUCAACAAUAUGCUAAGAAUAUCACUUAUAGCAAUAUAUGGACUUCAUCCAGGCAAUUUGAUGGUGGCUGGAUUUUCACUUUUGGCAUUGUUUUUUUUUAUGUGUCUGAAAUGUCAGUUUUUAAUCUGGAUAUCAGUGCUGAUGAUCCUGGAAGUUCUAAGUGCAUCAGGGUCGAUCUACAUCCAUUAUGACUUUGUGGAUAAUAUGAAAGAACGUGACGCAUUGACGUGUACAACUGUAUUCCUCCACAUCUUGACUGUGAUGACACUGUUUACAAGUCUAAAGAGUCGAACAGAAUCUGGCUCCAGAAACACUAGGACACAACAACAAUCCAACUCCACAAACACUAGGACACAGCGACCUUUAUCCUAUUUGGUUGUGUACAUUUUUGGUACAGCGUUGGUUGUUUUUGUAAACGUUGUUGCAUUAUUAGUAGAGCUGAUCCUAAAAGCACGAAAUGGUCAGCGUACAGUGGAUCUGCGAGUUAUUCUUCUACCAGCUGAAUGUGUCUUUGCCAUGUGCUGCCUUGCUUUACAAAUUUCUGCUUUCUGGAAGGAGAACAGAGAAAGAUUUAGAAAAGACAUAGACAGGCUGUGUGGGUGUAAACAGACAGAGGAACUCACCUUCACACAAUCACAAAUGUGAACUCGAGGAUCUGGCUCCUGGAUCUCAGCCCUCAAGGUCUUAGCAGGUGACAACAACAAACAACAACAAAUACCCACAAGAUUGUGCCAGAUGCGAGUAAUGAAAUGCACAAGAUUUGGAAAGUUAAUCAUCAGGAAGUGUGACUGCCUCAGUAACAGCAGAACUUUUGGCAGCUUGGUGUCCUGGAUCAUUCAGGUGUGUGUCUACCGUAUAUCAUGCUAAGAAGAGAAGACACCAGCUUCAACCUGAAUAGACUGAAUACACUGGUUUGAUCACCUUAAGAUUUGUUGUAAAGAUACUUGAAAUGUGUUAUAUUUUUACAUUUGUUUUUUUAUUUAUAUAAUUCUUUGUGUGAUGCCCUUCCUGUAGAAUAGUUUUAUUAUCCAACUGCCUGAUAUAAUGACUGGAUUUAUUAAUUCAUUACCUAUUUUGAGACAAAUUGUAGAAUAAAUACAGAUUAGGAUUUAAACUCUCUCUGAUAUUAAAGUUUGAUAUAUAUUUUAUUGUUUAAUCAUCUGCAAAUGUCACCUGAAUUUAUGAUGCAAUAAUAUGUUAUUAUUAUCCAGGGAUAACAAAGUUGUCUUCAUUUAUUGCAUCUAUAUACAGUACACAUAAAUCAGGUACAUAUUAAGUAUUAGUAUGAUGACAUUAUUGUUAUUAUUACAUAAGUAUUUCAUUUGAAAGGUACUAUAAGUAAAAAAAUAUUCCUCUAUUUGUGUAUAUUGUUCUGUACAGGAACACAGGAAAAGUUAGUGUGUAUAAAAUCAUUUUGUAUACCUUUAAAAGUAGAUGUGUGUGUGUGUGUGUGUGUGUGUGUGUGUGUGUGUGUGUAAAAUACAUUGAUAUCAGCAGGACAGUUUCUGUAUAUAUGUUUUUUUUGGGUUCUUUUGCAUUUCAAGAUAAAAUUCAUGAUUAUUCUGCUUUAUCUCUGUUUUUUAUUAUUAUUAUUAUUAUUAUUAUUAUUAUUAUUUCUGAACACAAAUGUUGGUGUUGAUUGUUGUUUUACAAUUAAUCUGAAUAAAACCAUGUAAACACCACAUGAACGCCA